AUGAAGGAUGAAGAAGCAGAAAAGUUAGUCAUUCAUGAAGUUUGGGCAAAUAAAUUAAAAGCAUCUAUUGAUCAAGUUGAAGGAAUUGUUUAUUUUGAAGGUCAUCAUGAAAUUGAUGAGUGGGAAGGAAAAAUUGAAAAGUUACUUUCAACUAUUUCUGAAACUGCUGAUGAAAUUAUUGAUAAACAUCCUGAACUAAAAUAA